AUGGCGGGUGGACGCAUGAAAUAUAGACAUCUAGGUCGUACCUCUUCGCAUCGACAGGCGCUUCUUAGAAAUCUUGUUACGUCGCUCUUUACACAUGAAUCUAUCUCGACUACAUAUCCGAAAGCGAAGGAAGCGCAGAAAUUGGCGGAGCAAUUGAUUACGUUGGGGAAGAAAAAUACGGAGGCUAGUAAGAGGAGGGCGCUGAGUAUAUUUUUUACCCCCCACGAACUCCUCCCCAAACUCUUCGGCCCCCUCCGCGAACGCUACGCUCAACGUCCAGGAGGCUACACCCGCGUUCUGCGCAUCGAACCACUCAAACCAGAUCAAGCACCUAGCGCCAUUCUCGAACUUGUGGAUGGACCAAAAGAUACGCGCUGGGCGAUGACGGCGCGAACAGUCGCACGAUUCCGCAGUGAAAAGAUCCCGCUGAAUGGUAUUACGGAGAGGAAUGUAGAAAAGGUGACGCAGUUUCGGAAGGGGGGUGAAGAGGCGUUUGAGAAGUUUGUCACGAGGGUGGGACAGUUGGGGCUAGGGAAGAAGAUGAAUAGGGAGGAUGUACCGUUUGAUGGAAUGGGGGAGAAGGGGGAGUUGGAGGGGAAGAGGAGGAGAGAGAAGAGGUGGGGUGGGUUUAUUUAG